UGUAGCAUCCUUGUCAGCCCACAGAGGGCUCCCGUUGCUACUGAAGUUACCAUUAGCAACUGGGCAGCGCACGAGCGAACACCCUCAACCGCUGUUGAUGUGGUCCUGGCAAAUACAGAAGGUCCAGUAAGCUUCCUUGGAAUUUUAGGAUCUUGGGAUGCCUUUGAGGCUAGCCAUGGUUAACACGUAAGAUAGCAGUGAGUGGCACUGCCAUGUUGCCAGGAGUCGGUGUAUUUGGCACGGGCAGCACAGCCCGAGUGCUUGUCCCGUUGUUGAAAGCUGAAGGCUUUGAGGUUCAUGCGCUCUGGGGGCAAAGCGAAGAGGAGGCAGGCUGCUUGGCGAGGGAGCUUGGCAUCCCAUUUCACACCAGCCGAUCUGACGACGUCCUGCUGCACCAAGAUGUCGACCUUGUUUGUAUCUCCAUACCACCCUCAAUGACAAGACAGAUUGCUGUAAAAGCACUGGGUAUUGGUAAGAAUGUUGUGUGUGAGAAAGCUGCAACUGCUGUGGACUCAUUCAAGAUGGUGACUGCUGCCAGAUACUACCCACAGCUGCUUAGCAUUAUGGGUAAUACCCUGCGCUUCCUGCCAGCUUUUGUGGCAAUGCACCAGCUGCUGGCGGAGGGAUACGUUGGAAAAAUUCAGGUGUGUGAUGUCCGAGUCUAUGGCCCCAGCCUCCUGGAUCCGUCUUACGGCUGGACAUGUGAGGAGCUGAUGGGAGGAGGCGGUCUCCACACGGUCGGCUCUUCCAUCAUUGACCUUUUAAAUUACUUAACUAGUACUCGGGCCCAUCGUGUUCAUGGCCUGGUGCGGACCUUUGUACAACAAAAUGAUUUGAUCCAAGGCAUCCGCCGCAUCACCAGCGACGAUUUUUGCUUUUUCCAAAUGUUGAUGGAUGGAGGUCUAUGUUGCACUGUGACCCUAAACUUUAACAUGCCAGGGUCAUUUGUGCACGAGGUUAUGGUAGUUGGAUCCACUGGGAGACUGGUUGCCAGGGGUGCAGAGCUGUAUGGCCAACGCAAUGGAAGUAAAGGUGAGGAGCUGUUGCUAGGAGACAGUGGGUGGGUGGGACCAGAGGUUAAAGAGAUGCCCCUUCCUCAGCUGCUUGGGUUGAGCUCCAUGGUAAAGGGGCUGAGACAGUCUUUUCAGGAUUACGAGGAGCGCAGGUCAUGGGCACAAGGACCGGUUGCCAUGGCACAAACAUUUGAGGAUGGUCUCUAUGUGCAGACGGUGGUUGAGGCAGUGAAACGGUCCAGCUGUAGUGGAGAAUGGGAGUGUGUUGAGAUCAUGAGUCAGGAGCCAGAUCCAAAUCACAACCUGUGUGAGGCUCUGCAGAGAAAUAAGAACUAAUUAUUAUAUUGUUAAUUAUUUAUACACCUAGUGCAACUUAUCUGUGUAUCUGACAAAACUGGGCUCUGAAUGUUUUUUCCUUUAACUUGGCUGCGGAGGCAGUUUACGUUACCCAUGACUACUACUUUGAAUACUUUAAUUUAGAAAACAUGACUAUGUAGUGGAUGUUUGUACCCUUGCAGUUAUGAUUUGUUUUUACAUAGAAUUAGUUACCACUGCUCCCUUAUUCUGAUUCCCCAAAAAGAUAUAUAUUUAAAGAGCUACCUGUUUUUUGUUUACACGUUUACGAUCUCUGCCAUGCCAAAAAGUUAACACAGUUGUUAUUCUCAUUGAAGCUUGAAGUCAAUGAGUCGUGACUUAAAUGUCCUGCUAAACUACGUUGCUAUAUGUCACCUGUCAAAAAGGCACCACACCUAUGUCAAAUAUUGGCUAAGAGAAAAAUUCCAUAGUUGAUUAAAAAAAAAUCUGAUCCUUUUCCCACUUUGAUGACCAUGUCGGGAUACAUCUUUGAAUUUUAAGAAACUUUUUUUUCAUUUAUGUAUUUCUUUUUUUAAAUGUUUUUUAUUAUUAUAUUUUAUUCUUUGCAAAGUCACCAGACCGUGAGUGGUUUGCCAGAGUUUACAAUUACACCAGUAAAUGAAUAAAUCGGCAAAGUUGGUGCCCAGGCACAUACUUUUUUUUAUGUUCCCAAUUGGUUGAGUCAAGCCAUGCAUUUGGUAACGUUUAGUAAUGUGGCUCACCGAAAGACAUCUGCAAGUGUACUGUUCAAUCUAGAAAAUAUUUAAAGUUCUGUUGUAUGUUUGGAUUUUAGGUGUUUCUUUUUUCUCCAACAUGAAUAGCACCUUAUUCUGAAAGGAAGUUGUUCUUCCUUGGAAAUGAAUGUGAAUAUUUGAGUAUGAGGAUAAUUUGACUAACAAAACACUACUGGCAGAAUUCAAAUGAUAUUGUGUUGUAGCUCAGCCUUUAUAAUUUUCAGAGCUGUGCAGUUUUUUUUUUUGUAAUGGAAUAUAAUAGGCAUCCAGUCAAAGAUUGCAAGAGGGGCUUGUAGGUGUUUGAUGUUAGAACAUAACAUAAAACUCAUAACAUACUAUGGAUUGAGUAAAAUAAGCUAUGUGGAAAACUGAAUAAUGAAAGGUCCCAGUCAGUAGCACUGCCCCUCAAAAUGUCCAAUUCCGAAAGUGAUACUUGAUCUAAAAUCUUUUUUUGGAAUAUCAUUCCCACCCGGUCAGCUGGACAGACAUUUCCUUCUUCACAGAGUGAGCUAGAAUGCUUGACUGCUACAGUAGUACCUGUUUUCCACUGUGGAAGCUCCCCACUGGUCCAUCUAUUUAACCAUUGAAACUGACUGAAGAAGGAGACUACCAUCUUUUAGAAGCCACCUGUCCAGUUUACACACAAAGUUUAUAGAAUGUGCAUUUGAUGCUUUGAUUAUAGAUUUUAAGGAGUAGUUAAAUAUCCCAUGAGAAGAAACAAGCUUGUUCUGAAAAAUUCAAGAUUAGUGACAUUUUUAUUUUUAAAUUGUCAAAGGUGCAAACCCUGAGACACUUUGACAACUAACUUUAGUUCAUAAGGUUUGUUUACAUGAGUUUUUAUGUUUUUAGAUAUUUUUUUUUCAUGAAAUCUAUGCAUUUAAAAUGAUCACAGAUGUUUGAAAUCAAAUGUGUGGAGGCUUGAUAUACACCAUUCACCCUGAAUCCUGAUCUUUUCAUUGAGUAGAACCAUUGGACUUAUUUCCUCAGACAAAGAGAAGAGAGCGUUAUACAGUUUACGGUUGUUGGAGUCUCUCACUGCAUCUCGGCACUGAUGAAAAUCUUGAAUAAUAUUGGGCCUCAGUGCUCGUACUGCUGAGACAGGGAGAGAAAACCAGCCGUGUGUUACUACUUGAUUUGAUUCUUCUGCUCCUAUUGUAGAAUUACACCGAAUCUACAAAUAGGUAUACACACACACGUGCCACGCUUACCUCACGCUAAUCUGACCAUGCUUUACAAAGACACUUAAUAAAGUUUUUCAAAGAGCGUCUUUAUAAAAAUGUUUUAUAACCCACCACUAUUAAAAUGCAUUCCAACUAA